AUGUCCUAUUGGUUAAUAUCUACAGGCUUGGAGAUCGCAACACCUGGCCAAGUGGUGUACAAAGAAAACCGAAUCAGUAAAGUGGUGGAACAUGAGGUUACAUUGGAAUGUGGCCCAACCCUCCCUGAUGUCUACAUCUGGAGCUUUACCAAACCAGGCACCGAGAGGAUUCAAGCCAUUGUGUAUAACUUUGGCAAGGGUCCAAAGCUGCAACAGCUGGCUCAGGACUUGAGUGACCUGAACAUCAUCAGUAAUAGUGCCUCUUUGUUUACAAGGAAACUACUUCUAGCUUCAGAGGGCUUGUACACCUGCCAAGCUUUGUAUGACAGUACAGAGGGAGCAAGGCUUUUCUACUACUAUGUCUAUCUGCGGGUUUUGGUCCCUGUGUCCAAUCCCCGUGUUCGGUUGAGUAACUCCUCAGCAAUUGAAGAAUCUUCAUUUGGGAUGCACUGUGAUUUGGAGAAUGGCACCGAACCCAUUCAGUAUGUUUGGGAGCAGGAGAAUCGCAGUGGGCAAGUCAGCAUUCUGGCCCAUAGCAACAGCAGCCUGAUCACCAUCAACUCUGUUAACCGCAACCACACCGGAUGGUUGAGGUGCCUGGCCAGGAAUGAGGUCAAUCAGCAGUACAGUGAGCGGAUCUGGCUGGAUGUCUUAUAUGGUCCUGACAUGCCACAGAUCAACGCUUCCAUCUUCUCAGUAACAGAGGGGGGCUAUUCAGUACUGGAACAAGGAACCGUAUCCUUCAUGUGUCAAGCCACUUCUAAACCUCUUAGCCAAUAUGUCUGGUUUUACAACAACUCAGAAAUCCACUCUGGACCACAGCUUACAAUCACCAACAUCCUGCGUGUGCAUGCAGGAAACUACACCUGUCUUGCCCAGAACACUUAUAUCAACAACAAUGCACAGAAAACCAUCAGUCUCACUGUCUACUAUCCACCAGAUGGUGUUCCUUCAUGUUUGAUUUUCACAAAAAACAACUACACCGACCUGGCACUUUUAUGUUCCUGGGAAGGAGGUAACCCUUCAGCUACCCUCAACUGGCGUCCAUAUAUGAAUGGACGGAAUUCAACGGGUAUCGCUUACAUCACACAGAUUCAGCCAGGACCUGAGGUAGCUAACAACUCUGUAUUCACCUGCCAUGGCUCACAUGUUGCACUAAACAGCACCCGAACAUGCAGCACAAGGACAUGGCUGCCCUAUGGAGAACCUCAGUGCUCUGCCAAUUCCAGCCUUUAUAAUGACUACCUGAUUUUGACCUGCUCCUGGGAGGGUGGUGUCCCUCAAGCCUUGGUGUGGUGGGCUUCCAGUUCAGAAGACAUGCAGAGUUCGCCAAAGGACAAUUCCAACAUCCUGGUCCUGCGCUCAAGUUCCACGUACAGCGGCAACACGUUUGUGUGUCAUGCCAAACAUCCACUUAUUAAAGAAAGCAUGAAAUGUGUGGUAAUACUAGAGAAGCCAGUCUUGAUACCUCAGCAGAGUGUGGUUUCAGUAUUUGAAGGCAAUGAUAUUCAGCUCACCUGCAUGUUAAGUAAAACUUACCCUCCAGUCACAAAGUUCAUGUGGUACAACAACUUAAGGCAAAAUGUGGGAAACAAACCUAAUAAGUAUAUUGUUCAGCAAGCUGAAACCUGGUCCACCCUGACUGUGCGUGAGACAGACAGCAAGGUGGACAGUGGGCAGUACUGGUGCUCUGCUUCCAAUGCUCUUGGAGGAAGGGAGAUUUCCAUUUUAUUGCUAGUGAUGAGAUACCCAACCCCACCGAAUGUGACUAUCAGUAAAAUUAUAUACAGUGGGCGACAGAGAACAGAUGUCAACAUGGAGUGGUUUGUUCAGGCAUAUGGUGACAUCACUGGUUUCUUCAUUGAACGUCAAAAGCUCAAUGCCCCUGUUGAGAAGAGUGACACUGUAGCUGUCUGGCAGAAAGUCACUGAAAAUCUGGAACCCAGCACCCGCAGCUACCAGAUAACCAAUCUGGACCCCAAUGCUAAGUAUGCAUUCCGUGUCAUACCUAUCAAUCGGCGUACAAUUGGAUAUCCUUCUGAGCUUCAUAGCCCAGUGUCAACACCUGUGUCCAAACCCUAUAUUCUGCUGAAUGACCCAUCACCAGUCGAAGGAGUGUCAGUGUGGAUGCACUGUAGUCUGAAAGAUGGAACUGACCCUAUACAGUACACCUGGGAACAGGAGAUCCGCAGUGGGCUGGUUACCAUAUUGGCUGAGAGCAACAGCAGUUUAAUUAACAUCACUUCAGUGACCCGCAAUCACACAGGCUGGUUCAAGUGCCUAGCCAGGAACGAGGUUAAUCAGCAGCAUAGUGACCGAAUCUGGUUAGACGUUAUAUUUGGUCCAGACGUGCCACAGAUUGAUGUAAGGCCCUAUUUAGUAACGGAUCAAGGAUACUCAGCUUUGGAGAAAGACACUGUUUCUCUUCUAUGUCAAGCCUCCUCUAACCCUCCCAGUCAAUAUGUCUGGUUCUACAACAACUCCCAGAUAUACAGUGGACCACAGCUCAACAUCACCAAGAUCCUGCGCAUACACACAGGCUACUAUGCCUGUCUCGCUCAGAACACUUACUUGAACACACUCUCCAAGAAAACCACCACUCUCACCGUCUACUAUCCACCAGACGGCAAUCCGUCUUGUUCUAUUCUCCCAAUGAACAACUACACUGACCUGGCUCUGUCCUGCUCCUGGAAGGGAGGUUAUCCUUUACCCACCCUAAACUGGGGCCCAUAUGUGAAUGGAGACAACAGAGAGGGUAUUGCUAGCAUCACUCAGAUUCAGCCAGGCUCUGAGACGGCUAACAACUCUGUAUUCAUCUGCUAUGGUUCUCAUGUUGCACUGAAUGUUGUACAAACCUGUAUCACUAGAACUUGGUUGCCAAAUGGAGAACCUAAGUGUUCUGCAUAUGCUACACGUAAUAACGAGUACCUGAUGCUGUCCUGCUCUUGGGAGGGUGGUGUCCCUAGGGCUCUGCUGUGGUGGGCUUCUAGUUCAGGGGACAUGCAGGGCACAUCUGAGGAGAACUCGAACAUCCUGGUCCUGCGCUCCAGCGCCACCAACAGUGGCAAAGCAUUUAUUUGUCAUGCCAAGCAUCCACUGGUUAAAGACAGCAAGCAGUGUGUGUUAAAAUUAGAGGCACCAGUGUUGAUGACUCAGCGCAGUGUGGUUUCAGUGUAUGAGGGCAAUGAUGUCCAGCUGACUUGUAUUCUGAGUAAAAAUUACCCAGCAAUAACUGAGUUCACAUGGUACAAUAACUUAAAGCAGAACGUUGGUGAGACACCCAAGAAAUACAUCCUUGAGCAAGCUGCCACCUGGUUUAACCUGACUGUGAAGGAAACAGACAGUAAGCUGGAUAGUGGACAGUACUGGUGCUCAGCUGCUAAUGCUGUUGGUGGGGCAGAGAUUCCUGUUUUGCUCCUAGUAAUGAGAUACCCAAGUCCUCCAAAUGUGACCAUUAGUAAGAUCACAUAUAGCAGCCAGCAGAAGACAGAUGUCAUAUUGGAGUGGUUGAUCCAGAGAAAUGGAGACCUCACUGGGUUUUUCAUCGAGUGUCAGAAGCUCCAGGUAGGAAAGGGUGAUGCUUCUCCAGUUUGGCAGAAAGUGGUAGUAGAUCUGGAUCCAAGCAUUAGGAAUUGCCAAAUCACAAACCUGGAUCCUAAUGGAAAAUAUGCAUUUCGUGUGACUGCUGUCAAUCACCGAACCACUGGACAUCCAUCAGAGAUCAAGAGCCCAGCAAACCCACCAUUUAAAGCUUAUCCUGCUGUUGUUGGAGCAGCCAUUGGAGGGAUGCUUCUGGCAACAUUAUCUACAUUCUUGCUCUUCAUUUUUGUGCUGCGAAAUCGCCACAACAGUCCUCGUCUUCAUGACAUGAUAUUUGGCAGACAUAACAGCCAGUCCAGAGAAAAUAUCAACUUCCCAGAGGAUGACAUUGUUGGAGGAGCAAUAGACGAGGGAGGAGAAACAAAGUCAGGACCAGCACUAUCCCAGCCGAGAUCUGCUGCAAUGCCCUCAACCACCUCCCCUGACAACAACUAAGCAAAAUCAACAUAAU